GGCAAGCCUAGCCGUAAUAGACUUUUUAAGACCCGUAUUCCAAGCCUCUCUAACAACCUGGAGGUACAAACUUCCCCUACAACUUCCUAUACGCGCCCUGAACUCUCUCUGCCUGCACAGCAUUGCAGUGUCGGUUGGACACGACGGUCCUCGUUUCGCCCGCAGGAAACCUGUUGCCUCGUCUCGAUCCUUUUACUUCACUUAUUAUUCUUUGUUUGUUCAUACACCUCAUCUGGGUUUCUUGUCUGCUGUUUCUUGAUCGCCUCACUGGCGAUCCAUCCACCUGACGCGGCUCGUGGCGGCGUAUCAAGUCAAGUCACCUGCUACCAACCUCCCAAUCAUCCGACGUCACCCUUGGAAACUGUCCACCAUCUUGUAUAGGGCAUCACCCUGCGCUUUUGCCUCUGGCCCUUUGGCAUCUUCUCGUUGCUCGGUGGUCUUCCUGACUGAAGACAUCGAGAGUCCUCGGUCUGACCCGUCAUGCCGCUCCUCGAUUACCUGCCCAGUCCGAUCUCCUUCGCAAAUCGACAGUUCCUCGGAACCUUGGUCGAACGAGACCAGUUUACAUUCACUGACAAUGUUAUCGAAACUCUGAAAAAGAAGGGCUCGCGGCAUGGGAGCCACCCGGAUUUCGGCCACCUCACACUCCUCGUCUUCGAAGCUGUGCUGGAGGUGGUCUGUGUGAGUUUGCCAGGAUAUAUCGUGGCAAGACAGGGCAUGUUCGACGCAGAAUCACAAAAGUUCCUGGCCAACCUUAACAUCAUACUGUUCACGCCAUGCCUUAUCUUCACGAAACUAGCCUCUCAGUUAACCGCGGAGAAGUUGGCGGACCUGGCCAUUAUACCCAUCAUCUUCGUGGUGCAGACACUGGUGUCGUAUUUGUGUGCCUGGCUCAUCGCCAAAUUCCUCGGAUUCAAGAAGCGCCAGAGGAAUUUCCUCAUCGCUAUGGGUGUGUUCGGGAAUUCUAAUUCUCUGCCCAUCUCCCUAGUCAUAUCUCUGUCCAAAACGCUCAAAGGGUUACACUGGGAUAAAGUGCCCAACGAUAACGACGAUGAGGUAGCCGCUCGCGGUAUCCUCUAUCUGCUUGUGUUUCAGCAGCUUGGUCAGCUUCUGCGCUGGAGCUGGGGUUACAAUGUGCUGCUUGCUCCUCCCGAUACCUAUACCGAAGAAGAAGGCGGCACCAGAAACAUGUCGCAGUUAGAAGGGGGAAGAAGCGAUUACCACGACGAGUCCGACUCGGGCGAUGAACAACGACGCCUUCUGAGUCCGAGCUACGAUGAUAUUGCAGACAGCUUUGAAGAUUUCGAAGACGACGCCCAGACACGGAUUGGCACAGAAUCUCCGACGGCAUCUAAAUCAGACGGUCUCAAGACUCCGCGUACGCCGUACAAUCCCUCGGCCGAGUCCUCAAGAAGUUCUUCUCGGCGAAACCUGCAAGCUGCAGCCAACGCUCCCAACGCCCCCGGAAACGUCAUGCCUACACCUCCCAAUGGCAUGGUGGCCUCGCAUCAUCAUCUCGACUAUCCUGCGUGGUUGAUUCAUCCCGAUAACCAGAGAUAUGACGAGAGCUGUGGUGGUAUCAUGGGCCACGUCAACAAAGGCAGAAACCAUGUGCGCUGCCGGUGCUUGAUGCUGCGCCAUCAAAUCCGCAGCAAGUCCACGGCAGCGUUUGAGUCUCUUCCCAGGUCUGUCCAGAAGGGCCUCUCUUCAGCGUCCUAUAGGCUUGGACGCUUCUUUGCUGGUGUCUGGGAAUUCAUGAACCCGCCACUCUGGGCUAUGUUGAUCGCUAUCAUCGUUGCAUCAGUGCCUCAAUUGCAGCAUGUCUUCUUCAGCGAAGGAACUUUCGUGCGUAACUCAGUGACGCGCGCAGUCGAGCAAAGCGGUGCUGUCGCAGUGCCCUUGAUCUUGGUCGUUCUAGGCGGCAACCUGGCGAAGAAUACUAUUCCUCGUGAUGAAAGUGGCACUGUUACCGAUCCAAAAGAAGAGAGGAAGCUAUUGUGGGCUUCGCUUGUGACGCGGAUGGUGUUUCCUACCAUGGUCAUGGCUCCUUUCGUUGCCUUGGUCGCCAAGUUUGCACCGGUGAGCAUAGUGGGUGACAAGAUCUUUGUUAUUGUUGUCUAUCUGCUCAGUGGCGCCCCUGUUGCCUUGCAGAUCGGACAGAUCACUACGACCAACAAUGUCUACCCGGACCUUAUGAGCAGGAUUCUGUUCCAAAGUUACGUGGUCUGGAUCUUGCCGUCGACGUUGAUUCUCGUCCUUCUGGCAUUGGAAACUGUUGAAUGGGCCAGCAUCGGAUCUGCUUAGGAAUAGCGAGUGUCAUGAGCAACGGGGCUUCUGGGACAGGAGUUUGGUUACCUUUUAACAAGGCGCGAAAAUCGGGUUCAUGCUGGAUCUGCUCCAGGGUUUUUGACUGUUAGCGUGGUGGGAUAAACAUGGCGGGAACUUGUCCUUGUGGCAACGGUAGGCGUAAGGUAGUUUUUGAAACAAAUGCAGACUGAGCAAGACCGAAGUUCACCUGAAGUCGAACUCUGCCCGACAGGCUCGAUUCUUUGAUCUGUUUCUACCAGAGUAGUGCCCCUCUCCG